AUGUAAAAUAUCUUUUUCAUUGGCUAAACUAUUUAGUGUAUAGCAAACUGUGUUGUGUAACGCAGUGCAUUGUAUGCAAUGUGAACAAGACUUGAGAAAUCAAUAUAAUUUUAUAGUGCAGAUCUAUGUAUAUCUAAACCAUAGAUCAGAGCGUGGUAUUUAAUUUUACUUGACACAAUAAACAAUCGUCUGUUUAGUGAGAACAGAUGUUUUAUCGUUGUGCAUAUUAUUAACCUUUAUUUACCUAUUUUGAAUGGAAACUACUUUGCCUUUGAAUAGCCAUAAAACUUCAUGAACUAAUAGAUUCUGCAUUUUGUUUUCAAAUAUUUAUUUAAAUAUUUUUUACUUACAAAUAAGCUUGUAUCUUAUACGUUAUAAUAGUUUUUCAGUAUUUCUUAACUCUUAUUUUUAAUAAAAAUGGAGAUAGUGAUCAGAAACAGUUUUUAAUAACAUUGAAAAAUGGUGCUAAGUCGAAAUGAUAAAAGAAAGAGAAAAGAAGGGGAUUUGGUGGAUCUUAUGGAACCACUUUCAGAAUCUCCAAAGAGAACUAAAGUGCAUGCACAGAGAAAAUUUGCACAAGGAGCAACAAAUGUUUUUAAUCCUUCGCAUACUCCCAUUAAGGAUAAAGAGAAAGCUAAACCAGCAGUUAUAACUGAAUUAAUAACACAUAAACGACCAAAUACAGAAGACUUUUUAACAUUUCUAUGCUUCAGAGGAACAUCAAUCUUACCUCCAAGUUUAAACUUUUUUAAUGUUGGAAAUAAAAAAGAAAAGCCUGAACCUAAGCCAUUGCGUGCAUCAACUGAUAAGGCUAUAUGUUCUAGUACCACAUCUAGUGAAAAUCAGAAAUCAGACUCAAGUCAAAAAAUUGUUACCAAAGUAAAACCUGCCAUUAAUGAUAAAAAAAAGGUUUCAGGUUCAAUACAAAAAAAUAUUACUACAUUUAAGAGUGCAACAUCUACUGUACAAGCACUGAAAAAGAAGUAUCAAGAGCAACGUCUUGCUAAGCAAAGGAUUAAAAAUAAAUUUAAAACAUCCUGUGUCAUGAGAACAAGGUCUUGUACAGAAAGAACAAUGUUAAAAUCAACAAAUCAGUUGCCACCUAGAAAGUUCCUUCCAAGAAUUGAGACUAAAAGACUUGGUUUAAGGAGCAGUGUACUUGCAGACAAAACGAAAAAGACUUCCCCAAAAGUUAAGUCUGCUCCACCAAAACCAAAGAAGAAGGUAAUUGCAAAACAAAAUAGUAGUGAUACAUCAACUUCAGAAUCUACAUCUGAAGAUGAAGAGGAAGAAGGUCCUUCAGAAAAAUCAGUAUCACAAAUAAAACGUACAGCUCAAAAGAAUGUUCAAAAAAAUAUAUGUACAAGAAGUAAAUCUGAAAUGAGAAGAAUUACUAGAUCUCAUAGUGGAACGGUUUCUCCAAAAAAUCUUUGUAGAAGACCGACAAGAAAGACAAAAGAGGCAGCUGCGGUAUAUAUGGAAAUUCUCGGGAGAAAGCUUAUAAGUCCUGAUUUAGAGAAUGAUGAUAAUGUUUCUAUGGAUAGCUUUCCAGAAUUACCAAAUGCACGAAAAAGUGCUCAAACAGAAAAUGAAGUUAAGACUAAAGCAAAACAGUCUGUUUCAAAACCAGUUACGAAAAACAAAGAUGGUAAAAUUACUGGUAUUCAUAGUGUAUCAAAUAAACGAUUAGACAAAACUAAAGUUAGUAAAAUUGCUUUUAAAAGUAAAAGACUUAUAAGAGUUCAAAAGUAUUGCGAAAUAGAUAGUGAUGAGGAAUCGGUGAGUUCUUCUAAUGAUACCAGUAACACAAAGCCUGUUACAAGACGGAGUUUAGGAAAAUUAAAUAAACCUACAAGCCGAUAUCUUCGAUCUUCUACGAAAAAAGUAGUUACACGAAUUGAAGUUCAAAAUAAUGUAAAUAUCAAAUCGAAAUCUCAAGUUCAAAAUAAUUUACGGUUUAAUAAAGAAAAAUUUGUAAUAAAACGUAAACGAGAACAAAAUUUUAGUAAAUCAUCACCUGAAAAAGGUGGUGAAUUAAAACAAAAAGAAGGAAAAAUACAAAAUAAUGCACAUGAUAUCACAGAUUCUGAUGAAGAAACUUUAGGAAUGCUGCUUAAUAAGUUAAAAAGAAAGAAAGAUGACCCCCCGCCAAAUGAAGAAAUUUCUCCUAAUAAUAACAACAGUAGUAGUAAUAAUAAUAAUAAUAAUAAUAAUAAUAAUAUUAAUAAUAAUGAUAAUAGUAAUUGUGAUGUUAUAGACAAAGUUGAACACUCAUUAGAUGAGAAUUCUGUAAAAGUGGAUCUUUCGAAAGUAUCGGACGACGAAGAAUCUUUUCGCGGGUUUACAAAGAAAACGAUAUCUAAAGUAUUAAAUUCUUGUCAAACCCAUGCUAAUGCUAAUCUUCUAGUCACGGAAAAAAGUACUGACACAUCAAAAACGACUAACACAGAAGAUGUAAAAGAUUCAGAUGCAUCUAAUCAACAAGAAAAUAAGGAAUUAAUUAAUAAUGAUCCUUGUUUACAUAAAACUUCUCCCACAACAAGUGUGCCAAAUAAUCAAUCUGUCCAAUCUGAAAGAAUCCAAAAGACAAAAUUGGAAUUUACAAAACAUAUUGAAAAAGAGUGUCAUCACAAACCAGAAAUGUCUGGAAAUGAUGUAGAUAUGUCUUUGUCAACAUUACAUGUAAGAAAAGAAAAGGUAAACAUGUCAACCGAGCAAAUUGAAAAAUGGUUGAAUGAAAGUUCGUUUGCCAAAGAAGAAAGUAAAUUGGAAAUGGAAAAUGUAUCUGCCUUUAAAUACGAUGUUUGUGAAAAAAAAACUGAUGUAUCACAUUUGUCUAUUUCAACAAAAAUUCAACAUUUGGUAAGACCAGUUAACGUUACACUUUCAAAAUUAGCAGAAAAGGCAAACGCGAAAGAUCGUAUGAAUAUGCAGAAUAAAUGUAUAUCCAUUACAACAAUGGACGUGAAGUCCAUCGAUGUAAAGCAGGAAAAUGAAAUUACUAUUGUAAAUAAGAAUACCGCAGAGUUGAAAGAUAUUAAUAAAACACGAAAUGUAAAAUCAAAUAAGGAUUCAUGUGCUGGAGAAGAAAAUGAUAUUGCAUUAAAAUGUGAUCAAAAUGUAGUAGAUGUAACUGGCGAAAAAAAGUUGUCAGGUGAAAAGAAAACCAUAUUCCAACCAAGAAAACCAUUUUUACCAAAAGUUAAAGAACGUAAAACAGUAAUUCCUAAUGCAAAUGCAUUUUCUCCAGAAAAUGAAAGUAGUGUUUAUGCAUUUGAAAGUGAUACUGAAAUUCCAGUUAAUACUCCAUUUAGACGUAAAGUUCGUGAAUCUACCAGAUCAAACAUGGCUAUUGCUUUAUCUGAAAGUAAUGAACAAAAAGCUGAAAGUGAUACAAUUAAAUCUGAAAAUAAUACAAAUAAGAAUGUAGAAAAGAUAAUCACAGAUGAUUGUGAGAUAACCGAAUUAAAAGAAAAUUCCAAUACUGUCCUUCUACCAAAAGAAAGUGAAGCAAUUGAAACAAAAAAUGUACCAAAUGCAACACUAAAUAUAAACAAAUUUGAAUUACCUAAAAAUUUCGCAACAUUAGCUAAUAUACAAGUUCUACCAUUGGAUAAGUUAACUACAACUUGGAGUAAUGUAAAUUGUAGUGCUUCAAUUGCUGUACAAGUAAAUCUUGAUGAUAAUGCACAGUCACAAGAACAUGGAAGAGAAGGAGAUUCAAAUCCACAUAAAAGUACAGAAAUAUCCACUCAAACUGAGAGUAAUAACGAAAAUGACGAUGAGAAUGAUGGUCAACUAUUUUAUAUACCAUUACAAGCUGUUACAAGAAAUGGACCAAAUUUAGUUCAAGGUCAACAAUUAAUUCAAGGUGUAGCUGUUAAACUUGGUACCGAAGGACCAACUGGACCUAAUCAGAAAGUUCUUUUGAGAGCCAAAUUAGUUACAAAACCUCCUGCGUCUAUUGCGCGUUGUCCUCCUGUAGGUACGGUGCAACCUACAACUCGUACACCACCGAAUUCUACUUUUAUAACAACAGAUCACUCAACACCAUCUACCUCUUCAAGUGCAGCUUCAAUUAUCACUGCACCUAUCCCCGAAACUCAAUCAUCUUCUCCAUGUAAAAAUGAAAACGUAAUACAAACUGUAAACAGGCAAAACAUUGGGAUUUUAUCAAAUGUGGGAACAGAAAAAUUGACGAAAUCUCCGAAAACUUCUAGAGAAAGAAAAACAUCUAUUGAUUCAAAUAAAAAUGGGAAAAGGUGUCAAAUUAAAUCAAAACAGAAAAGUUCUGAAGUUUAUUCUCCGUCUAAUAAUGUAACAUUUCCAAAUGCAAAGGAUGUAAAUAGUGAAGCAUGCUUAGUCGAAGCUCCAACAUUUCAUCCUAGUGAGAAAGACUUUCAAGAUCCUCUAGAAUAUAUAGACAAAAUAAGACCAGUUGCAGAGAAGUUUGGAAUAUGCCGAGUUGUACCACCACCCAAUUUUAAACCGGAAUGUAAAGUAUCAGAUGACAUGAGAUUUACUGCUUAUAACCAGUAUGUGCAUCGUAUGCUUCAUAGAUGGGGUCCUAAUGUGAAGGAAAUGAUGGCUAUAAAAAAAUACUUGGCCACGCAAAGCAUAACACUAACUCAUCCACCUUGGAUUGGUGGCAUGGAAGUUGAUUUACCUCAUCUAUAUCAGACAGUUCAAAGUUUAGGUGGAUUAAAGGAAGUUAUUGAAAAGAAAAAAUGGCAAAAAGUAGCUGAUGGUAUGAAGAUACCAAAAUCUGCCCAAGAUCGUGUAACCAAAUUAGAUGACAUUUAUUGUAAAUAUUUACUACCAUAUGAUACGUUGUCUCCAGAGGAAAGAGGCAAGUUAUUUGAUGAAGUUGAAUCUGAAUGGAUAAAAAAAGAAAGCAAAGCUUUACAGAGGCAAAACGCACCAGUUACUGAAAAUGAAGAAGAUGAAGAUGAUGAUAGUUCUGAUGAAAUUGAAGAGUGCAUUGUAAAAGGUAGAAAUAUGCCAUUAAAUGCUUUUUAUCGUAUCGCACGAAACACACAACGUAUGUGGUUUGGUGAAAACCAACGAUCUGGAAAUGAAGCUGAAGGUGCUUCUGCUGAUGAGGUUGAAAGCGCAUUUUGGAAACAUGUUGCAGAAAGAAAACGGCAUGUCUGUGUACAUGCUGCAAGUAUUGAUUCAAGUGGUCGUGGGUUUGGAUUUUCUGUUGCUAAAAAUAGUCCAUUUGCAAGACACCCGUGGAACCUUAAAGUACUUACUAAUAAUGCUGGAUCAGUAUUACGCGCUUUAGGCCCAAUAAUGGGUGUGACAGUACCAACCCUUCACGUGGGCAUGUUAUUCAGUGCUUGUUGUUGGUACCGCGAUCCUCAUGGUCUUCCCUGGAUAGAAUAUUUGCACACUGGUGCUAAAAAAAUUUGGUAUGGUAUACCAGAUGAACACAACAACCAUUUCAGAGAAGCACUAUCAAAAAUGGUGCCGCGUUAUUGUAAAAAUAAGACUAUAUGGUUACCAUCAGAUACAGCCAUGGUUCCUCCAGAAUUGUUAGUUAGUAACGGAGUGUCAUUAUGUCAAACUGUACAAGAACCAGGGCAAUUUAUAAUUGUAUUUCCUAAAGCAUUUACAUCAAGCAUAUGUACUGGUUACGUGGUUUCUGAAAGUGUUUACUUUGCACAACUCUCGUGGCUAGAAACUGCGGAACAAGUAUUUAAAGACAUACAAGAUAGCUGUGAACCAUCGAUCUUUUCAUUUGAGAGAUUAUUAUUCAAUAUUAUUAAUGAUUCUAGAUCUCAUAUAGAAGUAUUAAAACAGAUUCUACCAAGUGUAAUUAAAAUUCGUGAAAAAGAAAUAAGUUACCGAAAACAGUUAGUAUCAGUGGGUUUAAUAAAUACGGAAAGAUUACCUCUGCCGGAUAGUGGAAAACGAAAAAAAGGGAAAAAAGUGAAAGAGGAUGAUGGUGAUUUUGAAUGUGAAAUUUGCAGAGCUAAUCUAUUUGUUUCAUUGAUUAGUAAUUCCCAAGAUGACAGUAUUUACUGUUUACCACAUGCAUUGCAAUUAUUUAACAAGAAAAAGCAAGUUUUAAAACAUUGUACUUUAAUGUAUACAUACAAUGAGGAUGAAUUGGACGACUUAAUUCAUAAACUGGGAGAGAGAAUUGAAGCCAAAUCUAAAAAGACUAAUCAAAUCAAACAGACUAAGUAAUGAGCCUACGAAGUUAUUUAUUAAAUUAUAUAGGUAACAAUUAUUUAUUAAUCUAUAUUAAAGUAUAAUGAUUAUGUUAGGUAUACAUCAUAUUUAUUCAUUUUAUCGUAGUAAUACAAAUGUAUAUACAAAAUAAGUUCAUUUCAUUAUUUUAAACGGAUCAACUUAAAAUAUUAAAAAGAAAAAAAAA